AUGGUAGAGAGGCAGGGGGUCUGUUACAGAAAGGAGAAAAACUGUUGGGAAACCUAAACUCAUUUGUUGGAUUUAAGAGUGAAUAACCAGCUGCAGGAUGAGCUGUUGCAAAAGAAUAUUAUUGUGGUGUGGGGAGGAGGAGGAGAUCUGCAUAAGGAAAGAGUGAACAGACGAAUGAGUAAGGAAACAGCAGGACAAGCACAGGAAGGGAGUGAACAAGUGAAGCAGAAAGGCACUGGCAUUGGAAGAAACUGUGUAAAGCUCUAAUGUGAGAAUACAAAUGGCAUGGGAUACAGGAAACUAAGUAAAAGAAACGACAGAGCUACAGAGUAAGAAAGAAACAAAAAAGACACUGAAUUGACAAGGAGCAGAGCAAAGAUACGCUGUGCUGGUUCCCUUGUGCUGCUCCUGGCUGAAUAAACUGUAUGAGAGACAUCUAAAGACUCCCCAAAGUCUGAAAAUGAGGCACAGCUGGACUGGGACACCCCCAAUGGGAUGCUCACUACUAGUGGCACUGCUGGUGUUAUGUCUGCCCAUCUCCCCUCCUUAUGCAGGAGCUGACGACCCAUCCUGCCAAGGAGCCUUUGACUUAUACUUCAUUCUGGAUAAGUCAGGGAGUGUCGCAGCUAACUGGAUUGAGAUCUAUAACUUUGUGGAGAAACUAACAGAAAGAUUUGUGAGCCCCCGAAUGAGAGUGUCCUUCAUCGUGUUUUCUACACAGGCAAAAAUAAUUCUUCCACUUACAGGAGAUAGGUAUGAAAUUACAAAAGGACUUAAAGAUUUGAGUGGUGUAAUUCCAGCGGGUGAAACAUACAUGCACGAAGGCUUCAAGCUGGCAAAUCAACAAAUUGUAAAAGCAGGUGGAAAAAGUACCGCUAGUGUAAUUAUUGCACUAACAGAUGGCAAGCUGGCUGAUCAGAUACCUGUUUUGACAGAAAAGGAGGCUAACUUUACUCGAGAAAGAGGAGCCAGAGUCUACUGUGUGGGUGUUCUUGAUUUUAACUUUGAGCAGCUUAAAAGAAUUGCUGCCUAUCCAGAGAAUGUUUUUCGUGUUGAAGGUGGAUUUAAAGAUCUUGGACUAAUUAUCAAUUCAAUUUUAGAGAAGUCUUGUACAGAAAUUCUCUAUGUGGAACCAUCUUCUGUCUGUGUAGGAGUUGAAUUUCAGGUCGUUUUGAAAGGGAAUGGAUUUUUAUUAGGGCACGAUGCUAAUCUCAUUACUUGUACUUAUGAAGUUAACAAGACAACAAUAAAUCAAAAACCAAUCACAGUUCAGUCUCAGUAUAUGCUUUGUCCAGUUACAGUACUCCAUGAAGUUGGACAGACUAUGGAAGUUUGGGUGAGCUUGAACAAUGGAAAAACUCCACUCACUAACCCACAAACAAUCACUGCUACCAGCUGUACUAAUGGCAUUGCUGCAGUCAUUGCAAUUUUAGUGAUAUUAUUCCUGGUUGCAAUUGCCUUGUUGUGGUGGUUCUGGCCUCUUUGUUGCAAAGUGGUUAUUAAAGAGCCUCCUCCUCCACCAAAACCAGUUCCAGUUGAGGAGCCUGAGGAAGUAUUACCUCAAAAGAAAUGGCCAACUGUAGAUGCUAGCUAUUAUGGUGGGCGAGGAGCUGGUGGAAUUAAAAGAAUGGAGGUACGGUGGGGAGAUAAAGGUUCCACAGAAGAAGGAGCAAGACUGGAAAAGGCGAAAAAUGCUGUAGUAACGCUGCCAGAAGAGGAGGACCAACUGCCUCUUCCAACACCUAAAAAUCCAAAGCCUACCUCAAAAGUACAUGAAACAAAAUGGUACACGCCUAUCAAGGGACGACUUGAUGCACUUUGGGCUUUGUUAAGAAGACAGUAUGACCGAGUGUCUUUAAUGCGGCCUCAGCAGGGAGACGAGGGUCGCUGUGUGAAUUUCUCAAGAGUCCCAUCUAAUUAAAGCAGAAAAUACCCAGCUGCCUUGUUUGUUGACAAUCAACAAUCACAUGAACAUGCCUCUGAAUAUCACUGAAGAUUUCUUGCCUUCCUCUGGAACACUUGCUAAAAUUUAAAUAUGGUUUUGCACAGCUAGCCUUUGUUAUAUUUAACUUUUUUUUUUGCCAACUCACAGUUUGUAAGCAUUAUAUUGCAGCUUGAUUUAAAUCAAAAGAUGCAAUAUACUCAUAAGUGACAGUGGAAAACCAGCCAGAAGUCAACCAAACAAUAAUGGCCAGUGGACAUUUUUUGGCCAUUAAAUUUCUCUAUUUGGAGAAAAUAGGCUGCUAGCAUGCAGAGCCACUCUUUCGACUAAAAUAUGCACUUCAGGCCAAAAGCAGAGUAGAUAGUUUCCACCAGGCCAAGCAAGAACAAAAGUCCACUGUCUUAAGGCAAUGUCAUAUAACAAACCCUUUCCAAAAUCUCUCAUCGCCAUGUGCCUCACGGGUAAACUUGUGGCUUAAAUUUUGCUAUUGUAGAUCUGAAAAGUGCACACGCUUGACAAAAUAUAGGUUGGGUGUCUGAAGGUAUUAGUAGGCACUAA